UUCAGAGUAACCGGACUUAGUUUUUGCCUAGAAGUGCUGACCAGCAAUCAUAAUGGCUGCAUACAUGGUGGUUUUAUUCUGUACUGCUUUGGUCCUAUUCUCAGGUUUGGGAUACUCUGCUUUCAUUGGGAAGAGUCACAGUGGAGGCAAAGAUGAUCCAAUACUGCAAUAUGUGGUCAACAACUCCUUAAGAGAACACCCUGUACUCACCAAACUCAAACUGAGAACUCUUGAAGAUCGUUGGAGUCGUAUGAUGGUUGCAGCUGAAGAGGCUCAGUUUAUGGCAAACCUUAUCCGACUCAUCAAUGGAACCAAAGCUAUCGAAAUCGGGUUGUACACUGGGUACAAUGCACUGAGCAUGGCCUUAGCAAUGCCAGACAAUGGACGUGUGGUUGGCUGUGACAUAGAGCAGACCUACUAUGAAAUUGCUAAACCAUUUUUCAAAGAGGCUGGUGUUGAACAUAAGAUCGAGGUGCGAAUUCAGGAAGCAGUUAAGACUCUUGAUGAGCUGAUACAGGCCGGUGAAUCUGGGACCUAUGACUUUGUUUUUAUUGACGCUGAUAAGAUCAACUAUGACACAUAUUACGAGAAGUCACUAGAGCUGAUCCGCACCAAUGGGAUUAUAGCUAUUGACAAUGUGCUGUGGAGUGGGAAGGUUCUGAAUCCCGCUGAAGAUGAUGUCAGCUCCAAAGCUCUUGAUGCACUGAAUAAGAAGUUGCAUAAAGACGAGAGGAUCGAUCUGAGCAUGCUCACUGUGGCUGACGGCCUGACCAUAGCAAUCAAAAGGCCCUUAUAGUAACAAUCACCAUAGACAUUAUACCCACAGAAUUACUGCUGUUUCAUUUCACAGGUUUCAGUUUCAUGGUAUGGGUGACGUUUUGACUCUUCAACACAUGAUGUAACUUUUCACGUGAAGGGUCUGUCAAAUGCUUUUAGCCAUGAAGAUGUUAUUGCUUUGUCUGAAAUGAUUCCCAGUAUGGUAUUAAACCUUUCUAUCUUCAUGGAAACUAAACCAGACUGAGUUACAGGUAAAUUCUGUUAAAAGGAAUCCCUGCUCACAGUCAGAAUGCCUGUUUUUCUAGGUACUGUAUGUUUGAGCUGCAAUUGAAUACAUGUUAAGUAGAGUUGUUUAAUGUCAUACAGUACUGUGGAAGAUUCCAGGCAGUGCAAUGACAUGUCCAUAGAAACAAGCAGGUGAUGGACCCCCAACCAAAAAGUUACAUUGUGCACCUUUAAAUUGUCUAUAGCUACAGCAGAAGUUCUUAUUUUUUUGUUCAUUCUGAAACCCAUAGAUAGGUUAUAGAAUUUACAUUCCAAUGGAGGGCAGAAUUUAUGUAACUCUACUAUUUGACGCUUCUGUGAAAAAAUAAUUUCACUUUGAUUCGUAGUAUUUUUAGUAAGAUGUUCGACUUGAUGCCAGUUUUUGUUUUGUUAGGAUAGGCCUAUAUAAACCAUAUAUAUAAACCAUAUACCAGAUCAACAAAUUUCCAAUCUGAAUCUGAACUACAACAGUUUUUACCAAAGAAUUUUGACCUAUCCUCCAGCUCAUAUUACUCAUUGACCUAUAAAAGCAUUUUCUGUUGGUUGAAUGUUGUGCUGCUGAUUCUGGAGAAGUGUCCUCUGAUGCUGCAGUAUAAACACCCACAGCUCCUGCAGCUGUCACAAUGGCACUGAAUGGGUCAAAUGCAGAGGACAGCUUUUCCUACAUGUGAGCAAUAAAGUAUACC